UUUUGACAAGCGAUGGAGCAACUCGGACCAGAGAAGGAACAGUGUGAGACGGGGGCUGAGCGAGGGAAACACUUUGCGAGAUAUGCUUUCGAAGACAGGAGUAUGAGGCGUUUUUGCGAACGCAUAGCUUUAUAGCGAAAGCAGAAAUGUCCAGUAAAUGAAUUCUUUAAGACUUUUCCAUUGUCGAGCUAGCGAGGUUAGCUAGUUCGGAGUUUCGAGGUCAUUAUUGAGUGUAGACUAUCAUCAACGUAGCGGGCUAACGCUGGCUGCCUAGCUGAUGAUUACGGGCGACAGUCGAGGGUUAUGGCUACCUAGCUAGUCUUGAAAUGGGAGCUUAUAGAGAAGACAGAUGGACAUUUCCCUAGGUGACAACGCUAGGUGGACGAGCGAUGAAUGUCUGCGUUAGACUGGUUAUCUAGACUAACGAGGAAGGUGAUGGCUGGCCAGCUAUGUGUAAAAUAACAUAGCACCUCUUUUUUGUAUAAAAUGAUUGCUUUGUUUGACUAGCAGGAGGGUUUGAAGAGACUCUGUUACCAGAGUUGUGGAGUUCAUUCUACCUGACGUUUGGGGCAUCUUUGAUGGUAGUUAGAUGCACCACUGCUUGACUAACGGAGUUAGUUUGCUAGCUUUCACAGUUAAGUUGGUAACGACAGCUGGCUAGGAAAUGAGACAUGAAUGAACGUGACGAGUACAGAUCAGUUUGGGUUCAGGUGGUAUUCGCUGUUUGAGACGUUUAGCGAUCUAAUUUCAUUAUUUACUGUUAAUGUUAGAAAGCUAGACAGCUUGUAACAGGAUAAUGCACGGACUAGAGAGUGUGUCACUAACAACCAAAGCUUGCUUUGUUUGCGAGAGAUAGUUAAUAAUAGGUUUGCCAGGGUCGAGACAGACAUUCUAUACUAGGUGAAGAUCGUAGGUUUUUAUUUUGUACCAUAUGUGGUUUGUGUGUUUUCUAUGGGGUUGCUAGUGUCCACUCAGCAGGCAAUAUAUAUAUAAAUAAAAAUAAAAAAGAGUAUAGCUGGCUACCGAAGGCGGAAGAGCUAUUUUAGAGGACAUCACGUCGACAGUGGCAAACAUGAAGCCAGAUCGAGAUACCGCGGAGGAGUACUUUGAGUACGAUGCCGAGGAGUUCCUGGUGCUGCUGACCUUGCUGAUCACGGAAGGCCGCACUCCGGAAUGUUCCAUGAAGGGUCGAACGGAAGGGCUGCACUGCCCCCCGGCACAGUCCGCACAGCCGCUGCACUCCCGCCACGAGUGCAGUGACAAAUUACCGCAGUGCCGGCAGGCGAGGAGGAUGCGCUCGGAGGUCAUGCUCCUGUGGAGGAACAACAUUCCCGUCAUGAUCGAGGUGAUGCUGCUGCCUGACUGUUGCUAUAGUGAUGAGGGGCCCACCACAGACGGGACUGACAUCAGCGACCCGGCCAUCAAACAGGACGCGCUGCUGCUGGAGAGAUGGACCCUGCAGCCCGUUCCCAGGCAAAGCGGAGAUCGCUUCAUCGAGGAAAAGACCUUGCUGUUGGCGGUGCGGUCGUACGUGUUCUUCUCCCAGCUCAGUGCCUGGCUCAGCGCUUCACACGGCAUCAUCCCCAGAAACAUCCUGUACAGGGUCAGUGCAGCCGAUGAGGAGCUGGUGUGGAAUUUCUCCCAGCCCCCGGCCGAGCACGCCUUCCCCGUGCCCAACGUCUCCCACAGCGUGGCCCUCAACGUCCGCGUUCAGUCCCUCCCCAGACAGCCCAACUACCCGGUCCUCAAAUGCAGCAUCCACACCAGCCUGUCCCUCUUUGGAAAGAAGGGCUACGACCAGGAGGACAGGCCCAUCCAGUGCUGUGAUGUCACUGAAGCCAGCCAGCAUCGUUCACAAGACCCAGCAUUCACCAGCCUGAGCCAAGCCCCUCCUCUUUAUGGCGGAAUCAACUCAAAGAAACUGCCUGAAUCCCUUCCUCCCGGUAAAGCAGCUAAGUGGCUGUACUCCAGAUUGAACAGCAGCCUGGAUGUCCGGCCCUCAGCGGGUUAUAUGACACCAGGGAGCAGCGGAGAGGAGUCAAAGACGGCUGCUCCUGAGUUCCCGGUCAGAGCUUUUAAGACCCUCUCCCUGGUGGAUCCGUUGGUGAUGCCCACCCCAGGUCCCAGACUGCCCGUGGGUGAGACCAGCCCCCUGAUUGGCUCCCUGCUCCAGGAACGACAGGAGGUGAUCGCCCGCAUCGCCCAGCAUUUGAACUACUGUGACCCCACAGCCCCGCACAUCCCCGACAGCCUGUUCAGCAAGCCCGAGGAGCACACCCCCAAAUCCCCCUGGUUCCCGCGGAAAGAAGCCCCCGGCCUCCUUAAAAAGUGCAAAGAGCCCCUCUCCUCGAGCCCUGACCAUGCCUCCCCACAGGAUGGUUCCCCCCUGGAGCAGGGGCAUGAGAGCAGUAGUGGCUCCUCCCCUUCUGACACCCCCCUUGGUUUGCACAGCAGAGCCAGGGCAGACAGUGAGCUGAGGUCUUUCCCCAAACCCGCAGCCUGCAGGAAGUUGCUCCUGCCCGAACCCACAGACAGUUCCAGGACAUCAGAGGCCUUGCAGGACAUCCAAGACAGUUUUCAGCAGAAUAGGUGCACUGAACCCCUGCAUUGCACCUACACGACCUGCAAAGAGGGCAGCGUGCUGACGUCCCAGAGCAGAACAGAGCAGAGCAGUCCUACACACCAGGGCCGUGCCUCUGAUUCCCAUGUGGCAAACGAUGACAGCGCGCCACAAAUUUGCACAGACUCAAGAAUCGGCGGGAUAAAAGUGACCGACAGCACCCCACAAGACCAUUCCCUCAGACUUCAGAGCCAGGGCCCCGCGAAACUUGAAGACUCGACGGCCGAGCCAGAGCCGAAAACCUCACAUUGUUUACAAAAUGCCAAAAAGGACACCUGUGACUCUUCGCCUGCCGACUGUCGGGGUCAGAAUGGCCUGAAAAUCAGCGACAGCUCCCUCCUUGAAGAAGCCAAGAGUUCCAGAGUCCAAAGCCAGCCAGGUGCACCUAAUAGCCAUCUGCAGGAUGAGAACCAUGACCCUUCAGCCUCUAGCACAUCAGCACGCCUGCAGAGGGACCUCAGAGUCUGCCCUGAAACAGCACAGAUUGGGACCAUCCUGAGAGCGACUGGCCAGGUUCCUCCAAAGCCAUGUAACAUUUGGAAGAAGCAGAAUCGUCACUCCAUCGAUGGGACGGCAACAAACGCUUUCCAUCCCUGCACUGGUCUACCUCUCCUCUCCAGUCCUGUUCCUCAGAGACGGACUCAGACUGGGUACUUUGAUUUGGACACAUCACUCACGCGCUGUAAAGGAGCUCCAUGGGCUGCCAGCAGAAGAGUCUGUGUGGACAGAGAGGGCGAUGAGAAUGAGUCAAGCCAGCAACUGUUCAGCACCAGCGCUCCUCCAGCAAGCCUGAGCCUUCUGGGGAACUUUGAGGAGUGCGUGCUAAACCACCGUCUGGAGCCACUGGGGACAGUUGAGGGCUUCAUGGCUGAGGUGGGCGCAAGUGGAACCUUCUGCCCAAGUCACAUGACCCUGCCCGUGGAGGUGUCUUUCUACAGUGUUUCCGAUGACAACGCCCCUUCCCCCUAUAUGGGUGUUAUAAAUUUGGAAUCCCUUGGUAAAAGAGGUUAUCGAAUACCUCCUUCAGGAACAAUUCAAGUGACCUUAUUCAAUCCUAAUAAGACAGUGGUGAAAAUGUUUGUGGUGGUCUAUGACCUGAGAGAGAUGCCGGCCAGUCACCAAACAUUCCUGAGACAGAGGACUUUCUCUGUGCCUGUGAGACGGGAUAUCAUUGGACACACCAACAGGAAGUCCCUCCCCCUGAGCCAGGAACGAAUCCUGCGCUACCUCAUUCACCUGAGGUUCCAGAGCUCAAAGUCUGGAAAGAUCUACCUCCACAGUGAUAUCAGACUUCUGUUCUCUCGCAAAUCUAUGGAAGUGGACAGUGGUGCUGCCUACGAGCUCCAGUCUUUCACCGAGUCACCAGCAGAUCCUCCCUUCUCUCCCAGAUGUUAGCCCAGUUCAGUCCAGUUCAAAGGCCACACUGGAUCAAAACCUUGAUGCUGAAUUGAAUCCAAUAAAAGAAUGCAAUUACAUGUAUGACAAAUGAUGAAGAUAGAUCAGAGUUUUGGUUUUAUUUCUGCUUUUUAUUGGGGAGGGGAAAAUACCUGCAGCAAAUGUAUCUGACUAUGAACUAUGUUGAUAAAGAAGAAUUAACAAUCAAGUGAGGGGCAGCAUCAAAAGAGCACUGUGUAUUUCCACAAUAACUGGAAAUGAAAUUAGUAAUAUUCAAAUACUUCUUUUGUACUGUUACAAAACCACUAUUGAAAGUGUUGCAAUAGAAAUAAAAUUACCUUACUAGCAUAGUGUUUACCUGUUUACUUUGUCAGUUAUUUAAUAUUUAAAUUUAAUAUUUCAUGUAUUGCACAUGUGAUGUCUGUUAUGCUAAGCAUUAUGAUGUAGUGCAACACUAUGUAAAUCAUACGAUGUAUUUUUGACAUUAAUAUUCAGAUCUGAAAUAUAUAUAAAGCAAUCUUUAAACAUG